AUGUGGAAUCGACCAGCUGAGUCCCGACAUCUACAAAGAUGGAUACGCGAACUUGCUGAGCUCAGACAUCUCCCAGCAUGCCAUCUCCGAGAUGCAGGAGAAAACCGCAGCGGACAUGCCCUUGGCAAAAUGGUUCGUGGACGAUGCCACCAAAAUGACUCUGCCAGACGAGUCUGUGGACAUAGUGGUAGACAAGGCCCGAGAAAGAAGAACGCGGGUUUCAAGCAGGCAUGUCAGGCAUGGUGA